GGACAAUCCAAGUACCACAUCGGAAAUACAAGAGAAGGAACCCUUGUAUAUUAGUGUCCACCAAGCUCAUUAGUACGAGGCCUUUUGGGGAGGACACCCAAAAAGUAAAAUCGUGUUGGCUUGGCCCAAAGGGAACAUAUCAUACUAAUGAGCAGCCUGAUUAUGACAAGUGGUAGCAGAGCCUGAUUCGGCAUUUCAAAUACAUCAUUUCAACCUCUGGGGGUAGCCCCCUCAUUUACCACCAAUUAAACUAUCUCUCUAAUACGGCUUAAUUGCAAGUUUGGUCACUCGAAUUGUUUAAAAAUUUUACGUUUGCCACUCAAAUUGAUUUAUUCCAUUUAUAGUCACUCCAAUUAGUUGAACAGUCCAAGUUUGGUCACUCUCCGUUAACCUCCGUUAGACUCCGUUAGUGACGACCGUUAAGUGAUGACGUGGCUAACAGAAAGACACAGUCAACAUAUUUUAACAUUAAAAAACCACGACCCGACCCGCCAGCUCAGCCUUACCCGCCCUGUCAGCCAUUCUUGCCCAACCCGCGAACCAACCCAAUUAAUUGACCCUAAACCCAAACCUGAGACCCGCCGCCGUCGUUGUUGGUCUCCGCGAUGUCGGUGGUGGGUGUAGUCUCCCUGGGAAACGCCGGCUUGUCGGAGCUCCGAGGCAACUACAUGAAGUAUUCCAAGUUCGCCGCCCAACCAUCCGCUUCUACCUCGCCGUCACCGUCCUGGUCCUCCCUCCCCAGCAGAACCAGGAUGCUUGUGGCCUACACUCCUGCAUUCCUCGCCGCCUUGUCCUCCCUGCUCCUCCUCCACCAUGGCGGUGACGGAGCUUCCUCUUCUAGGCUCUUCCUGGUCGAAUCCGCCCUCGCCGUACAUUUCUUCAAAAGGGUUUUCGAGACACUGUUCGUACACAAGUACAGUGGCACCAUGGCCGCAGGCACAGCAAUUCCGAUAAGUGUAAGCUACUUCAGCGUUACAACGCUCACAAUCUACACCCAGAUUUUGACGCAGGAGGCCCUGCUCCCAGAGCCAGCCAUGGAUUUGAGGCUCUACGGGGUGGUUCUCUUUCUCAUCGGAAUUGUUGGCAAUUUCUGUCACCAUUUCUUACUCUCCAAGCUGAGAUCCUCCGGCGACGAUGGCAAGAAGAAAUAGUACAAGAUCCCCAAGGGUGGGAUGUUUGAGCUGGUGAUUUGCCAUCAUUAUCUGUUUGAGAUCCUGGGUUUCUACGGUAUCGCCCUCAUCUCUCAGACGCUCUAUUCCUUUUAUGGAAGCAGGUGUAUGAAAAUCAUGUACAACAGGUAUGAGCCUCUAUGGAAGCAGGUGUCAAUUCUCGGGAACUCAGUACUCACCUUGUUGGUCUCGCUAGAUCCAAUCAAUACAUUGGACAAAAUUCCGGCCAGGAACUCAGUACCACCGACAUCGCGGAGACCAACAACCACGGCGGGUCUCGGGUUUGGGUUUAGGGUCAAUUAAUUGGGUUGGUUCGCCAUUAUCAAAAAAAAUUGGGUUGGUUCGCUGGUUGGGCAAGAAUGGCUGACAGGGCGAGUAAGGCUGAGCUGGCGGGUCGGGUCGUCGUUUUUUAAUGUUAAAUAUGCUGACGGUGUCUUUCUGUUAGCCACGUCAUCACUUAACGGUCGUCACUAACGGAGUCUAACGGAGGACAACGGAGAGUGACCAAACUUGGACUGUUCAACUAAUUCGAGUGACUAUAAAUGGAAUAAAUCAAU